AUGAAUUUAAAUGCAAGUUCAUCAAAAUUAAAUUCAAAUUCAAAUGAAAUAAAUAGACAAUAUAUACCAAGUAGAAUAUUUUCAUCACAAGAUAAGAGUAAUGAGGAUAAGAAUAAUAUUGGUAAUUUAUCAAGUCCACCACAUAGUACUAAUUCACCAAUAAAUCAAAUGCAAAGUCCAUCAAAUUCUCAAACACCAGGUACACCAUACUCUUCAUAUUAUAGUAGAUCAAUGGGACCAUAUCAACCACCAUCAUCAUCAUCAUCAUCAAGUCCAUCCUCAAAUCAUGCUUUUGGUUAUCAAGAUGGUAAUUCAAAUAUAAAUAUGAAUACACCAAAUUUAAAUAGACGUUUUGGUAUUGGUACAAGUAUAAGUGGUACAAAUAAUAGUAAUAAUAAUAAUAAUAAUAACAAUAAUAACAAUAGCAAUAAUAAUAGUAACAACAAUAAUAAUAACAAUAAUCAAAUAAAUAAUCAAAAUAAUGAUUUAUUAUCAAUUCCUGUGAAUUCGAUCUAUGAAGAACCAAAGCAAUUGAAACAACAGAUUCUAUCACAACAUCAACAAAAUCAACAACAAAGAUUACAUCAAAGAAAUGCAAAUAUACAGCAUCAACAAAAUACUCAAAAUUAUCUAUAUAAUCAAGUUGAACAACAAUAUCAACAAUUACAACAACAACAACAGACAUCAUCACCUUUAUCAGCUCAAGAUUUAAAUCAAAGUAUUUAUAAUCAACAACCAUCAUUCUAUAAUAAUAAUAAUCAAUCACAAACACCAUUACAAAAUAAUGUAUAUAAUAAUAGCACAGUAGCUACGAAUUCACCAUUUUUAAAUAUUUAUAAUCAACAACAAUUCCAACAACAACAACAACAACAACAACAACAACAACAACAACAACAACAACAACAACAACAACAACAACAACAACAACAACAUCAUUUACAACAACAACAACAACUACAACAACUACAACAACAACAACAACAACAACAACAACAACUACAACUACAACAACAAUCAACACCUUAUAAUAAUCAACAACAACAAAAUAAUAAUAAUAAUAAUUUAAUUACACCAACAACUAGUAAUAUUUUCGUUCAAAGUGUAGCAUCUCAACAAAUUACUCAAAUGUUUUUAGAUAAAUAUGAUAAACGUUGGUUAACUGUAUUUGGUUUCUCUCACGAUAAAACGGAUUUAAUCGUUGAUGAACUCUCAAAAUAUGGUAAUAUCAUUGAGAUUGAAUAUCCUCAACAACCAAAUUGUAAUUGGAUUUAUUUGAAAUUUGAAUCUGAAUAUUCUUCAAUCGAUUUAUUAAAAAAGAAUGGUUUAAUUUUAGGAAAUUGUAUGAUUGGUAUUGUACCUUGUAAAGAAAAAAUUAGAAAUGAAUCAGAUCCAAUUAAAGCACAACCAUCACAACUUGGUGAUCACUCUUUGAAAACAAUUGAAAAGAAAUAUCAUCCAGCAAGAUCAGAUUAUGACCCACAAUCAUUUUCAAAUAAUAAUGCAUUAGGAACACCCUCAAGACCAUCAUUCUUUUCAAAAGUUAGUGAAUAUGUUUUUGGUUCAACUUAA